ACAGCCCCCAGACCAGGCUCGGUCUCCAGCUCCCAGCUCCCUGCCUCUCUCCCAGCUCCCAUCCGAAAUUCAAUCCCAGCCGGCAACCCUAGCUCUAGCGGCGGCGGCGGCGCGCCAGUGGCGGUGGCACAGGGGCGGAGCCGCGAAGGCUGGGGGCCGGAGAGGCGGCGCACUCGCGCCGCGCAGGUGCAACUGCGUAGGAUCGAACGCCUGCUGCUGCUCCCUGCUGCCCUGCUCGGCGCCUUGGCGGGCGGCGGCCAGGUGCAGUGCAGGGCACUUGUGCAGCAGGCAGCAGCGCAGGCACCAGGCGGGCGGGCGGCCACUCGGCCAGCCGGGCAGGGGCAGCCGGCGGCGAGGCGACGACCAGCGGCGCUGCGUAUCAAUUACUAGGGUUUCGGGACGGCGGUGGAGGAUCAUCCCCGAUGAUGAUGCGAGGAGGGAGGCUGAUGGGUUUGUCCUCUCAGGUUCUGGGCAUGAGGUGCUUCAGCACAGAGAUAUUUGUGAGCAGGUUAUCAUUUUAUACAACAGAGGAAGAGCUCAAAGAUAUCUUUUCACCAUUUGGCAAUGUAAAGGAAGCCCGACUUAUGAGAGAUCGCCAAACUGGAAGGAUGAAAGGAUUUGGUUUUGUCAAAUAUUCAUCGCAAGCCGAGGCAGAUAAAGCUGUUAAGGCAAUGAAUGGAAGAAUACUACGCGGAAGAUUGGUUUUUGUGGAGAUGGCCCAGGGACCCAAAAGCGAGUAGGACUGUAGGAGACCCCUCCAUUGCUUAAGAUGGACCAUUUUCUUCUCCAGCAGUUCUAGGCUUUUGGCUUUCACCAACAAGAUUGAUUCGCGAAGCUUAUCUUCCCAAAGUAUUACUGCUUUCUUUUUUUUAGAUUUGGUUCAUGAGCAAUCGCAACUUGCUUGGGAAAAAAAGGCUAUGUUGUUGUUGUUGUUGUUGUUGUUGUUCAUGAGCAAUCGCAUUUGUUACUGAAGCUGGUGUGCUUCAACUUGUUUGUUGGGUCUUGACCUUAAACAUUGAACCUGAAACAUAGAAGCGUCUUCAGAUUACAUCAUAUGCCUGAUCUCGCAAUUGUUGUAAACAUGUAUGCAGAAGCUGAUGUUUUUAGCUGUUUAUUUCUC